UCUUGUGUGUGUUUCAUUUUGUGUAGUUUGUGUGCAUCCCAACUUCCUGCAACUCCCAAAGUACAAUGAGUGAUGAUGGAAGACAAAUCCAAUAAAAGAGUAAAAAGGAAAGGUCACUCAAAAUCUUCAAAACAAUCUGCGAGUAAACAAGUAGACGAACGGAUCGUUGAUAUUCUUGAACCAUAUUUGAAAUAUCAAGCGAAACGCCUUGGAGAGGACGUAAAGGUCCAAAUCUUGAAUAUCACAGACAUCCACGAGCGCAUCCAUGCUAAAGAUGACACACAAAAAGUCGAUGACGACUCCAGUGAUAAAAUUCCCACCAAGUCGCAAUCGCUGAACAUAAAUUCGGUAACGGAACCAAAUGGUGCGCCUGUUUCAAAGGAACGGGGCCACAAACACAAGUCCAAACGUGUAAAAACGCAAAAAACAAAUCCUGAAGUCGUAGAACCGGAUCCAUGUGUGGAAGGGUCGGUUUUAGAGAAGAAGACGAAACACAAAAGACGUAAAAAACAUAAAGAAACAGAUGAACUUGUAAUUCCUGAGGAAACAAAAUUCUUAGAGCAAAAACUUUCAAAGCAACCGCAAAAUUCAGACGAAUUUUCUAAACAAAAUGAACCUGAAGACACAUCUAAACAUGCUAAGACUCUGAAAGCCAAGCUGGAGGUCCUGGAAGUUGAUCCUUGUGUUGAACAGAAAAAAAAGAAACACAAAAAACACAGGAGACACAAAGAAACCUAUAAUCUUUCCGAUGAGACGAAAUUAUUAGAACAAAAGCAGGCUAAUGGAAAUGCUAAAAGUUCAUACCGUUGCAAAAGUUAUUCUCCUCAAACUGAACAAACUCAACUCAACUCUUUAGUUGAAGGCAAGAAUAAAUUAGAAAAGAAAGUUCAUAAGAAAGGUGGAAAACAAGACAACACAAAUAAGGCACAAAAAGAUCACGUUUCUGAAUCCGAAACUUCCAUCCAAAAAAAAGAGAAACCCAAACACGAAGAUCUCAAAAGGUAUAUCACGGCAAUACAAAAAAAAUUGGACAGUAUUCUUCCAAGAACACCUAGGUUGAUUGAUAAAUUCAAGGAUGAGGAGUCUAAGAAAGGUCGUGACAGAAAAUCAGAUAAGUCUAAAGAAAAAGAUGACGAACACCACAAGAAAAAAGACAAAACUAGGGAAAUUAAGGAUGAGGAACGUACCAAGAAGCAAGAGAAGUCCAAGGCAAAAGCAGAAACAGAAGAACAACCUGUAAAAAAGUCGGAAAAGUCCAAAGUUAAAGAGACCAACGAAGAUCUCCACAAGAAACAAGACAAAGAGGUAACUGAACACAAAAAGAAAAAAAAGCGCCAUUCCGUCAAGGAAGACAGUAUAGAAGAAGACACUCGAAAUAAAUCUUUGUCUACUCCGGUCCAGAUGUAUUACUGUUAUGGCGAAGACUUCAAACAAAGUGCCGACCAGGAUACCACAAUCGAACAGUCGGAAGAACCCCAACGUCACAAAAAACGUCGCAAAACCAAACCUAAACAAAAUCUGGAAGACAAUAACGCGCCACCUACCGUCGAAGAAAAACCGGAACAAAUAAAGAAGCAUCACUCGAAGCACCACAAGAAAAUCAAACCGGUUGAGACCGCACAGCCGGACGUGAACUGGAUUCUGGCGACGGUUCCAAAGAUAGAGAAAAAACAGAAGGAGAAUGACGUGGACGAAGCCAAGAAGAUAAUGGCGCAAGCAGGCCACAGUUAUAAACUCGAAGCCAUACGACCGCCUUUGAGUCCUGAGCGUAGAAGAAAGAAAAAAGCGCCACGUAGAACGGUUUCGAUCAUGGCCGUUCCACCUCAGAACGAUUCUGUGGAUAAUGUAGAUCAAAAGAUGAGGACGGAUUUGUAUAAAAAGUAUUAUAAGUAUUCAUCUCGGCAGCAAGAUAAAGAUAUCGUGUCUGAUGAUGUUAACGAAGCUAGUGAUAGUAACAGAGUUCAGAUAGAAGCGUCGGAACCACCUAGUAGUAGAGGGAAUGAAAGUAUCGAUAGCGUCCGAUUGGGGAAAAAUACGGUAAAAAGGGGAAAGAUUAAAAUACAGAUUAGUAGUUCUGGCUGCAAUUUUAAAGGUUUAUCUGAAACCAGAUUAAAUAAUAUCGUGCAAGAACUCGGGCAAUUGCUUCGGAUGGAUAACUGCGACAAACGAACGAAAAUUAAAGAUGCUGAAACAGGUGUACAAAGCUGUAAAGAUUCGAGUACAUAUUUCAGUCAUAGUCCAGUUGGCAGGGAAAUGCCAACUGUUAAAAAAAAGCAUACCCAAGAUUCAAGCACGUGCUGUUCAAUGACUGAACAAACAAUGAUGCAAGCUGCUUCGAAGGACCAAAAAAAACGCGAUUCUGGAACGUUUUGUAACAUAGAUCCAAUUGUAAACAAUGUACAGAUUGUGAAUAGGUUUAAAAAAAACAGUCGCGAUUCAAGCACGAAUUGCAGCCCCAUUAAAAAAGAGAUACAGAUUACCAUAAAGGAUAAAAGCAGUGGUACAUACAACAGAAAACCCGUUGAAAAAGAUAUACAAAUCAGUGAAAUUGAUUUAACCAAAGAUAUCCUAACAGAAGAACAGAUGGUGGACCAUUGGCCUUUGGCAAAAGAUGCUUCCGUUGGGCCAAUUGAGCACGAAUUAAGGAUGGAUGGUUCGGAGAUAAUGGUUUUCAAGAAUGCUAAAUAUUCAGAUGCCAGUCAAACUCCAACAGACAAUGCCACGAUACCAAGUACCAAGGAGGCUUUCAGCGAUGAGCCGACGAAUUCACCUCUAUCAAACUGUUCACCAGUAUCAAAAUGUUCACCAAUUAAACGUUGUGUUGUUAAACCUAAAGUUCCUUUGGUUCGUUCUCCAUUGAAAGCUAAACGACAGCCGAUAGUGAAGCCAGUUGAAAAGAGGUUGUACAAUCCUGAAGUUAAAAAAGAUAUGAAGAAAGUUUAUAGCAGACAAUUACCAGGACCUCACUACGCAACUGUGUUUGAUAUUGAUUCAAUUGGAAGAUCACGGUUAAAACAGAGACAAUCUCAACAACUACCAGUACAACAAACAUCUGAAAAACCACAAGAUUCAUGUAUAAAUAAUGACAAAUUGGAAGUUAUAGAUAUAGAAAAAACAAUAGUUGAUGCAGAACCAAUAUAUCCAGUUGUAAACGAAGAAGAAAAUUUGGAGGAUGAAGAAAAGAAUGAAGAAAACUCUGAGGAGCAACCAAAUAUCCUCGAGGAGAAAAUAGAGGUAUGUGAAAAUAAGGCGGGACCAGUUAUAGAAAAAGUUAAAAGUAAAUCCCUUUCUCCGUCACGAAAUGCUUUUGAUCAUUUUUGGCAUAUGGAAUCAACGGUAAAUUCAAAAGCAAAACCUUCAUCUAAGUCACAACCAACCUCUCCUGAAAAAUUCCAGCCUUCAGUCAAUAAGGAAUCGAAAAUAGAACCAAUAAAUCCUUCUCAAGGAGAAAAGAAUUACGGACGAUUUUGGCAUCACAUACAGAAUAGCCGUACAAUAACUCCAAAAACUGAAAUCAAAAGUAUUAAAAGCAGAUUAUUGUCUCCAGUGGGAAAUUUUUAUGGAGAUGUUGCAGAAGUUGAGUCAAAGGCUGCGCCAACAAUGAAACAAACAGUAAAAGAAGCGUCUCCUAUUAAAACACAGACUUUAUUUAAAACUAAUAUCAAAGUAGAAGAAAAAUCUCUACCAAACAAAUUAAAAUUCUUUAAACCAACUUUCGAAAUUGUGAAUGUAGGCCGAAUAAGGACAAAACAAAAAUCGCCACAAAAGCCAAAAAACAAUGCAAUUAAGUCGAAGAAAGAAUCAAAACAAAUUACUAAAUCUAAAACUGACUUGGACUUUAAGUUGAAACCCUCACUGGCGAAAAUUUCUCCAAGUCGUUCAAAAUCUGCUACAAACAUAUCACAAGGACAAAGGCACGUGCCACAUUCACAUUUGCCAAGUCCAACCACGUCAAGUUCCCCAAAAAAGCGACACAUAUCCAGAAUCCCGGCACUGAAGGCCAACUUGAAAUCUAAAGAUAAACCCGAUCAAUCAACAAAAGUGAAAUUUAGCAGAUCCAAAUCCGACUUUAGUCCACGGGAAUUUUCUAAACGAUCAAGAUCUAGUAUCGGUGACUCGUCUAAUUUGCGUUCCAAAUCUGCCAAACCAUCUUUUCCGCCGUCUCGAGACAGAAGCUUUGAAAGACCUCCCAGCGCUAACUGCAAGAUUCAAAAAUUGAACGAACUCAGUGCGUUUCAAAGGCGUAAAGCGUACGACGAAAGCAGACGCAGGAAAUUGAAGAAUCAGCCUGCAAAAAUACCGAACCAACUCUUCGACGUACUUUUCGUCACCAUGGUGGAUAAAGAGAAAAGCGUACCCCACGUCGAGAUAGAGGCGAAAAGUAACUGCAGCAUGGUUAUUUGUUGUUCACCUCAGCAGACCCUUUCCUCUGGUAAAUUGCUGAACAAAAUUGUUAAGAGUGAAUUAGAUUUAACAUCAUUUAAGACGAAUUCAAAAGAGCCAUUGGUGAGGUCCAAAACAGAGUUAGAUCUCAAACCACAAAUUAAAGUUGCAUCAGUUUCUAUUGAAACUAUUCCAUUUUUAAAUUUGGAUAAACCCCCGACCUCGGAGCAAAUAUUAAAUAAAAAGAAGAACACAGCUGUUGGUGACGACUGUAUCAGGAAUACGAGAGUUCAAGACUUACAAACAGACGAAAAACAUUUAAGUUCCAUAAGCGUUAACACGUCUGAGUUGAAGGUGCAUAAAUCAGUUCUCUCUACGAUCAUCGAUGAGGAAGUGGAAAAAAGCUCUGUAACAACUAUGACAUUACCAAGCAGACAUUUAGUCCAUUCGUGCACAUCACCAAUAAGUUUGAUAACUUCUAAUGAUCAUACGCAAGCGUCUACUUCGGAGAUGACGUCCAGCACAAGCGCCAAUAAUUUAGAAAACAUGGCCAAUUUGGACACAUUCAAGAAGCUAGUUGGUUGCUUAACUACCAAAAAGGAGACAACACCUCGUGAGAAAAUGGAAGAGCUGCAAAGCGUCGUGGAGUUUUUGUGCCAGACUUUCUUACCAAAGCCCGAGAGCACAUCCAGUGUCGAACCUACUAAAAAGGAGGAACUUUCGAACACCUCAUCAGGGAAAACAACUACUGAUUGCUCAUCUACCGAGCCGACACUGAAAGAAGAUGACGAUAUAAAAGUUCUGAAACCCGUUUCGAAGCCGGCCGUUAAAUGCGCCAGUUUAAAGAGUGCAAGGAACGAUCUGUCGAAUCGUUUGAGUUGUCCUGAACUCGCCAGCAAUACGUCUUCUUUUGAGUUUCUCUACGAAAAGUCGAGCGAUGAGUCGAGUGUGUUUGACGUCUCCCCAACAAUUCUUCCACCUCAAACUGUAAAACCAAAGAAGGAUGUUACUGUAUCUUGUGUGUUCGACAAGCCUUCAAUGGAUUCGCAAAGGUCUCCAAUCUCGGAGGAAAGUGGCUACACUAGUGGCAAAUCUAAGCGACACUCCAUGACGAAUUUUUUUAAGAAAAGCAGUAUUCUGGCUCUAUUCAAACCUGUUUGUAGCAAAGAUAAAUUGAAAAGGGGGGUAUCUGAUGAUUUUUUAGCUGUGGCAAACGUUAGGUGUGACAAGGAUGAUUCUAUCACUAUAAACAGUCUUGAUACCCAGUUCAAUACGGGUAUGAAAGGAGAACUGAAAAAUAUGGAUAGAACAGAGGAACAAAAGGCUGACUUUUGUUCACUCCACUGUAGUCACGCCUAUAAAGCUAGUGUAGCGCGAAAGACUAGCAAAUCACAAUGCAGAAAAAAGAAUGCAUCGAGGAUAUUGAAACUCAAAAAAUCGACGUACAGACUGGAAAAUGUGAAUGACUAUUCAUCAACUAGUGAAGAGUCUAGUUCAAAUUCAUCUGAGGAAUAUAUAAAAAAGCAGAAUUUUCCGAUUGGAUCUCCGUCCGGUACUUCGAUCCGUAACAUCCACACUAUCAUGAAGUCGAACGCUUCGAGCAUCACUUCCGGUAGUACCGAGUUCUGCGUGGAACUGUGUGCUGGGCUGGAGAUAAUCAAAGAAAAUUCCAAGGAGCUAUAUGAGGACAACUCAAAAGAAAUUGUUUCUAAUGAAACUACUGAACUAAUUAAUCCUGAUUUAAAUACUAAUGCUAUUAAUUUGGCUCAUUCAGGCGAUGAAAAAAUUGAAGAAACUGACAUAGGUAAUUUGGUACCAAAGGUUCCCAAACCUAAAAAUCUAUUUACAGCACAAUUAUCUAUACACCAAGAUGCGGAAGUUGUGAAAGAUAGUUACAGCACAUUCUUUGAAAACCUCUUUGCACUAUACCAAAAAGAAAUAGACUUUAAAGAAAAAUUAUAUGCUGAUGAUCAGUUCACGAAGGAGUUAAUUCAAUUGAUGGAGAAAGUUGAAGAUGAAUUAAGCAGACCAAAAUCGAAAAAGUCGAAAGCCAAACACAAGAACAUGUUUAAGAAGUUAUUUAAACGCAAACAAUCAGACGCAAAGACCGACACUUCUUUGUCUUCUGAGGGUUCGUCUCUGAUUUUUGACAGUAGCAAAAGUAACAGUAUUAAGUAUAAACAUGAAUUAGCUGACGUUUUAAACAAUCAAAAGAGAAAUAAGCAUAUUAUUUUUGAGAGUCAAUAUAAAAUUUUGAAUUUAAAAUCUAUGGCUUCCAUUACAAGGCGUAGAUUUUCAGCUGUAAUACAAGCAUUAGGUGUCAUAGAUUUUAAGGCAGAGGAGAAGUUUUUAUGCCUUUUAAGAAUAUUGGAGUACAUUGAACAAGGAAAAUACUUUGUGAUGAAGGAAGACGACAAUAAGUUUGAAGAAACCGUAAAAGAUGAAAUUAAGUUUACACUUUUAUACGUUUACGAAGUAGCACUUAUAGAGGCUUAUAAAAAUAAUAGAUUAUUAACUAAAGAAGGAAAGAAUUUGGUGAUAUUGUUUGUGAUUAAGUACAGUUACGGUUUGUUGUACGAUUUGCAUCUCAUUGCUACAUAUAUUGGUAAAGGUCUAUUAGUUUCGGAAAGUCAACUAAAAAUGGCUGUUAAAUACGUGCUUAGUAAGGGCAAGAGUCACACUAUCAAUAUUCAGGAUUUCGAGUGUGUAUGCUUGAAAAAUUGUGCUGUUUAGUUAUGUCGAAUAAAUAAUACGAAAAAAUG